UCUUAUCAGCUCUCAGCAGGUAAGAGCUCGAACUUGGCAGUAAAUUUUUCAUCAGUAAACUUGUUUAGUCUACCGUGUACCAUCAUCAUCCACCUCUCGAGACCUUUCUUGUCUCAAAGUUUGCGAGAUCUGAAGUAUAAAAUUAAUUUGUAACAGAUUAUAUUUAGGUAAUAAUUAACUAAUAAACAUUUUACUCUUUAUGUUAAUUGUCAACCAUCUAAUAGUGGCUUUUGGAACUGAAGUAUUUCGCCUGUUUAGGGGUUAAGGCUAAGCAAAAUCCAGCAUUUUGUGUUCUGUAACAUGCAUCAGAAUUCAGAUAAAACUAAUGCAGUGGAAUUAAUUAUGACUCGAGACGGUAAAAAUGAAAAUUUAAAGAUUGGUGGAAAUUCCUUAAAUAUAGACACUAUGGCAUCAAAAGAUAGAACGAAAAAGGAGAGAAAAGAUGACGUUCCAAAUUAUGAAUCUGUUGCUUUCCACAGACUGUUCCGAUAUGCCACAUAUCUUGAGCGAUUCUUCAUCUUCUUUGGUCUACUGCUAAGCAUUUUCUCAGGAAUUGGUAUACCACUUAUUAUCAUGCUCUAUGGUGAAUUUACUACUCUGCUGGUGGAUCGUUCUCAGGACAAUGUUACUUCAUCACCAACUACAGUGCUCAACAUAUUUGGUGGAGGAAGACAAUUAAUUAAUGGUAGUUAUGAAGAAAGGAAUGAAGCUUUGAUGGAGGAUUCGGCAGCGUUUGGCUUGGGUUGCACUGUAGUUGGGAUAGUGCAGUUUGCUAUUGGAUCAUCGAGUAUUGCAGUGCUGAACUUUGUAGCACAGAAACAGAUUGGCAGGGUAAGAAAAUUAUUCCUACAGGCAGUACUACGCCAAGAUAUGACAUGGUAUGAUACUACCAAGACUGCAAACUUUGCCAGCAGAAUUACAGAGGACCUGGACAAGAUGCAAGAUGGAAUUGGGGAGAAGAUGAGCAUCUUUGUAUACCUCAUUACUAUAUUUGUUGCUUCAGUUAUCAUGUCUUUUUUAAAUGGCUGGAAACUCACUCUUGUUGUAAUCAGCUGUGCUCCAAUAAUCAUUGUGGCUCAAUCAGUAGUGUCAAAGGUACAGACCUCGCUGACAGAGCAGGAGUUGGAGUCGUAUGGUGAUGCAGGUGCAGUUGUGGAGGAGGUGCUUAGUUCUCUGCGGACAGUGGUAGCAUUUGCGGGCGAGGACAAGGAAGUUGCAAGAUAUACAGACAAACUUAGUAAAGCGAAAGCUACAGGUAUCAAACGAGGCAUGUUCUCUGGUCUGGGAGCAGGCAUCAUGUGGUUUAUUAUCUACUGCAGUUAUGCUAUUGCAUUCUGGUAUGGUGUAAAUCUCAUCUUGGAGUCAAGAGAGAAAGGCGACCAUGAAUACACACCAGCCAUUCUUGUCAUUGUUCUGUUUGGAGUAUUGUCUGGAGCAAUGAACAUGGGCAUGGCAUCCCCUCAUCUUGAAGCAUUUGCUGUGGCAAGAGGAUCAGCAGCUGCUGUCUUUUCAGUCUUGGAUCGUGUGCCAUACAUUGACAGUCUGAGCAAGGCUGGGCAAAAACCAUCACAACUCAAAGGUGUCAUUCAGUUACAAGGAGUUCACUUCCAAUAUCCAGCAAGACCAGAGGUUGAAGUACUGCAUGGCCUAAAUUUGACAGUGAAGAGUGGUGAAUCUGUGGCUCUGAUUGGUCCUUCUGGGUGUGGCAAGUCAACAAUAAUCCAACUUGUACAGAGGUUCUAUGAUCCAUCUGAAGGAAAAGUGCUACUAGAUGGCAUUGAUGUUAAACAGUUGAAUGUGGGCUGGAUGCGGGGUCACAUUGGUGUAGUGGGACAAGAGCCUGUGUUAUUUGCAACAACAAUCAAAGAAAACAUUCGAUAUGGACGGGAGGAUGCUACCCAGAAGGAGAUAGAAGAGGCAGCACGAGAUGCCAAUGCUCAUGACUUCAUCUCAGAGUUACCAGACGGCUAUGAUACAAUGGUUGGAGACAGAGGGGCCCAGUUAUCAGGAGGACAGAAGCAACGCAUUGCAAUAGCCAGGGCCCUGAUUCGACGUCCAAACAUUCUACUUCUGGAUGAGGCAACAUCAGCACUAGACCUGCACAGUGAGGCCAAAGUUCAGGCCGCAUUGGACCGUGCUUCUAAGGGGCGCACAACACUUGUAGUGACACAUCGCCUCUCCACUGUUAAGAAUGCUGACCGUAUUGUGUAUAUUUCUGGUGGUCAAGUAAAGGAGCAGGGGACACACACUGAAUUGAUGGCUCAUAAAGGUCACUAUUUUGCAUUGGUGAAUGCAGAUUCUACUCUUACAGAGGGUGCUGGAAGUGGAGAAAUGAAACUUCCGAAGAAUGACAGUGCAAUUAGUGCUGAGAGUCUGACUCAGCAGUUCUCUGCUGAGUCACAAGCUGGAAUCAGUAAGGGACCAGUUGAAGUUGCAGAUCAAGAUGCAGAAGAGGAGCAGUAUGAAGCACCCCUAAGUCGAAUCUUAGCCCUCAAUAAACCAGAGUGGCUGCAUAGUGUUGUUGGUUGCCUGGCUGCAGCCGCUGUUGGAAGUACUUUGCCUGGAUAUGCAGUUCUGUUUGGUGAGGUUAUUGGGGUGCUGGAGAAUCCUGAUGCUGAGGAAGUGCAGAGUCUAGUCAGCCUCUACUGCAUCUUGUUUGUGGUAGUUGGAGUUGUUACAGGACUUGGGAUGUUCCUGCAAAUAUAUUUAUUUGGACUGGUCGGUGUUCGCUUAACUGAACGGCUGCGAGUUGCAGUAUUUGGUGCUGUGUUGCGACAGGAGGUGGGCUGGUUUGAUGAACAGAGGAAUCAAGUUGGCACUCUUUGUGCCAGGCUGUCAGGAGAUGCAGCAAGUGUGCAGGGGGCAACAGGGUCAAGGAUUGGUGUUAUCUUGCAGGUAACAUCAACACUAGUAAUUGGUAUCUUGUUAUCAUUUAUCUACAGCUGGAAGAUGACACUGGUGUCUGUAAUACCUGUUCCUUUCAUUUUUGUGGGAAUUUUUAUAGAGGCAAGAGUAAUGCAUGGUCAAGGAUUGAAGGAGAAGAUUGCCCUGGAGACAGCGGCAAAGAUUGCUGUAGAGGCUAUAGCAAACAUCCGCACUGUGACAAGUCUGUGUGGUGAGCAGCUAUUCCUUGAGCGUUACAUGACAGAAUUACUGUCAGCUCAGCAGGCUGCUAGGCGGAAGACUUAUCUCCGUGGACCCGUGUUCUCUUUCGGACAAACAGUACCAUUUUUUGGCUACGGGCUAAGUCUCUAUUAUGGCGGUUAUUUGGUUAGCACUGAAGGACUUCCUUACAAGAAUGUUAUCAAAGUGUCAGAAGUUCUUAUAUUUGGAGCUUGGAUGCUUGGACAGGGAUUGGCAUUUGUUCCAAACUAUAACACUGCUAAAAUGGCAGCUGGGCGAAUGUUUCGUCUCAUGGACAGGAAACCUCGCAUUUACUCUCCUCAGGUGACAGGCAGCAGUUACUGGGAAGCUACGGGCAACGUUGAGUAUUUGAAAGUGGAGUUCCACUAUCCAACAAGACCUGAGGUGCAAAUUUUGAGAGGACUGAAUCUCCGGAUAUGUCCAGGUCAGACUAUGGCUCUAGUAGGAUCCAGUGGAUGUGGCAAAUCAACUUGCAUCCAGUUGCUGCAACGAUUCUAUGAGCCUUCAGCUGGGACAGUGAAUAUUAAUGGAGAAGAUAUAAGUACAGUUCAGCUCGAUCGCCUACGAGCACAGUUUGGUAUUGUGUCACAAGAACCUGUUCUCUUUGACCGUACAAUUGCUGAGAACAUUGCAUAUGGAGACAACAGUCGCGAGGUUCCAAUGGAAGAGAUCAUUGAUGCCGCUAAGAAAUCAAACAUUCACAACUUUAUAUCGUCUCUUCCACUGGGAUAUGAAACAAGAUUGGGCUCAAAGGGCACACAGUUGUCUGGAGGCCAGAAACAGAGGAUUGCCAUUGCAAGGGCACUGGUGAGGAACCCCAGAGUGUUGCUGCUGGAUGAGGCGACAUCUGCACUAGACACUCACAGUGAAAAGGUGGUGCAGGCAGCUCUAGACCAGGCAAGAGAGGGACGCACCUGCAUCACUAUUGCACACCGCCUGGCAACCGUUCAGCAAGCGGAUGUUAUCUGUGUGUUGAAUCAGGGAGUUGUAGCAGAGAUGGGAUCUCAUUCUGAGCUGCUAGAGAAACAAGGACUGUAUUGCCAGUUGCUGCGACAAGCAGCAAGUAACAUUAUACAAUAAACAUCAUUGUAGAUUCUGAA